AUGGAGAGGCUGCUGGGCGUCGCGGCGGCUCGCGGCCCCCUCGCAUCGGCCUCGGCACCGCGCGGGCGCCCCGCCGCGGGCCCUCCGGCAGCCUGCGCGCCGGCGCCGAGCGGUCCCUCCGCGGCCCCGCCCGCGUGGGGCGCGGCGGGCCCGCCGUCGCUCGUGCGGGCUGCCGCUCUCGCGGCGGCGGCCGGCGGCAUCGCGCUGCGGAGGCGCGCACCGCCUCGGCGGGGAAGGCUGCCAGUCGGGCUUGCAGCAGCGGGCACGGCGGAGGAGCCCAACGCGAAGAGGGCCGACGCGGUGGACUCAUCGGAGGCUUACCGGGAGAUGCUUCGGCGUCGCGCGGCCGCGCCACCUAGCCCAGACGAGGUGAAGGAAGACAAGGGCUGGUUCGAUUUCGACGACCUGGAGAAGAGGGAAGAUUUCAAGACGUUUCUCGUUUCAGUCAGUGUAGCCCUGGCCUUCCGCUUCACCAUCGCCGAGCCGCGCUUCAUCCCUUCGGAGUCCAUGGUGCCGUCCUUCGAGAUAGGCGAUCAGCUGGUCGUGGACAAGAUUUCGAAGAAUUGGAGGGACUAUCAGCGCAGGGACGUAGUCGUCUUCGAACCGCCACCACUCUACUGGGAAGUGGUGCAACGGACGCCCAACGGCGACGCAUUGAUCAAGCGGAUCGUCGCAAUCGAAGGGGACUACGUCGAGAUGAAAGAGGGCGGCGUGCUCGUGUUGAACGACGAGCCACAAGAGGAGACUUUCACAAACGAGAGAGCAGAGUACACGUUCUCUCGCCGGCAAGUUCCGCCAGGUAACGUGCUGGUCCUCGGAGACAACAGGAAUAGGUCCCUCGACGGUCACGUUUGGGGGUUCCUGCCUGUGAAGAACAUUAUCGGCCGCGCGACUUUCAAUUGGUGGCCGCCUUGGCACGUGCACACCAUUGCAGCAUCACCGCCAUGA